AUGCCGCUCCUCCAAUCAGUAAAGGACAAGCUCAAAUCUUUGACCGCCCGAAAGAAACAUCAACAUCAGCUCUGCAUUGGAUAUCCGACAAAGAAAGCGGCACGCAACAAAUUGUCGACAACCAAAUACAACGCAUGGAACUUUCUGCCGAAGUUUCUCUUUCAGAAGUUCACCGAGCCAACAAAUGCUUUUUUUCUAAUUCUCACGUUAUUGAAGCUUAACCGAUCGAUUUCUCCAUUUGCUUGGCAUUCAUCUGGUGUUCCGCUUGCGGUCAUCAUUCUAUUCGGUGGUUUGACGGAGAUCUACGAAGACUUGAAACGCCGAUGGGAAGAUCGUCGCCUCAACAACUUAAAAGUCGAUUAUUUUGAUGGAGAAUGGAAACAAAUUUCUUGGCGAGAGUUAAAAGAAGGGCACGUUGUACGCAUUUGCAAAGGAGAUCAAGUGCCGGCUGAUCUUCUCGUAGUGAGUUCCUCAGAGCCUGGUGGUGAAGUGUACAUGGAGACAGCAAAUCUCGACGGUGAAGCCAAUCUAAAAGUUCGGCAAUCACCCGUAGAAACGAUGGACAUUAAUUCAGAGGAACGCCUGAAAUGUUUACUUCACUCAAAGUCUACUGUGUCUAGCGAUCAACCUACCCGAGCAAUUGAAGAAUUCAAUGGUGUUUUACAUUUGAAUGGGCCGGUGAUCAGCAUAAUGCAAAACGUCAUAACUGCAAACAACCCAACUCCGGAAGAUGCAAAGAUUCCUUUAAAUGGUACAAAUCUUGUAGUUAGAGGUGCCACUUUACAAAACACUGAUUGGAUGAUUGGCGUUGUGAUUUUUGGUGGCAAAAGAACCAAACUCGGGAUGAAUUCAACCAAGAAAAGCACAAAAACAUCACAAGUGCAUCGUUUGACGAAUUGGUUGAUAUUUAUUCAAAUCGGCUGGUUAUUGACAAGUUCGGCGUUGAUCGCAUUUUGGAAUAAGAUGCAUAGCAAUAGUUGGAUGCGAGCAGCGUUUGGUAAUUUAAAUGUUUUAAAAGAUGAUCUUUUCAAUUUGGGUGAUAAAUAUGACGAAGUUGAGCCGAACUACUUUGCGCUAUUCUUUGGUGAAUUGAUUCUCUCGUCGAAUCUUGUGCCAAUCUCGCUUUGUGUGACAAUCGAAUUUUGUCUUGCUUGGCAAGCCUAUUAUAUGCAGCAGGAUCUUGACCUCUAUGACCCUGAAUUGAAGAAACGAUUGAAGGUGCACUCGUUCGGAACGAUUCCAAAUUUGGGUGUAAUCAAGUACGUGAUGUCGGACAAGACCGGAACGUUAACGAUGAACAAAAUGAAAUUCAAGCUUUGCUCAAUCACCGGGCAAAAGUAUGGCAAAAGUAACAGACUUGCGGAGUUCAACACGGAUUUGAUUCUGAGAGAUUUAAAAACGGACGAAAGGAAGAACUCGAGUGCAAUCGAUUUGUUUUUGACCUCGUGUGCGGUUUGUCAUACCGUAAUCGCUGGACAUGAUAGGAAUAAAGCCGUUUCCACACCCGAUGCAGGGGAGACCUCGCUAUCAAGACGGAAAGUAUCAAAGAAUUUUCCAAAGGCGAAAGAUCCACUGACUCCACAACAUAUUUAUCACGCUUGUUCACCGGAUGAGGCUUGCUUGGUUCGAUUCGCUUGCUCAUCGAAUUACGUUUUCACUUCGCGAACACCGAGCUCAAUAAACGUCGAAGUGCACGGAGUACGAAAAGUCUAUGAUGUCUUGGCAAUUAUCGAGUUUACAUCAACGCGAAAAAGAAUGUCAAUAUUGGUACGGACACCCGAAGGAGUGAUUCGACUUUUCGUCAAAGGAGCAGAUGUGAAAAUUUUGGCAAUGCUUGGACCAAACAGCGAUCCAACUGUGCUCUCGACUACACAAAGCCAUUUGAAAGAGUUUGCUAAUCAAGGUUAUCGAACAUUAUGCUUUGGAUAUCGAGAUGUGAGUCAAGAAGAUGCAUGGGCGCCUUUGUGGACAAAAGUAAGUUGUGACUUAGAGGAUCGACAGAAGCAAAUCGAACUUGUCGCGGAAAAACUUGAAAAGAAAUUGAUUCUGCUGGGUGCUUCAGCCAUCGAGGACAAAUUGCAAGAUCGUGUCCCACAGACAAUCUCUCAACCUUUUAAUUUGGGCUAUUCGUGCUCGCUUUUAACGCCUCGCAAGCCUAUAUUUAUUUUGGCAGCAAAGACGGAGAAAGAAAUGGAGGAAUUGCUCGACAGCUAUGUGGAUACGAUUGGAGAUCAACUUGCACAAAAAGAAGCCCAAGUCGGUCUCAUCGUUGAUGCACAUUGUCUCGAUUGGAUACUCGGCUCAAAGGUGAGAAAAAUGGACUUCUUGCGAAUUGCUUUGGGAUGUUCGGCGGUAAUUUGUUGUCGAUGUACGCCGUUACAAAAAGCCUCAGUUACUCGCUUAUUGAAGAGAAAUAUUGAUGGAUUAGUGCUUGGGAUUGGUGAUGGGGCGAACGAUGUUGCGAUGAUUCAGGAAGCCGAUGUGGGUGUUGGGAUAGCCGGUUUGGAAGGAAGUCAAGCAUCGAACGCUGCUGAUUUUGCGAUUACCCAGUUUCGUCAUUUGGAUCGACUGCUUUUUGUGCACGGCACCAGCAAUUACUACAGAAUAACGACGCUUGUGUUAUUUUUUCUCUACAAGAACUUAGUCGAAGUGUGCUUAAAUAUAGCCUAUUCUUUUUAUAACGAUCAUUCGGACCAAGGGAUGGCUGAUGAGUAUACGAUAGUUCGAUACAACAUGAUCUACACUUGUCUCGCCGUGUUUGUUAUUGGAAUUCACGAUUCUCCGGCUCCGUUCAAUGUGCUGGCAAAAUUCCCUCGAUUGUACACGCAUUUUCAAGAGAACAUGAGCAACAAGAAUUACCUUCUUUGGUCGGGAAAUGCCAUUUUGCACGCACUAAUUAUCUACACUGCACUUGUUAAUUGGUGGAGAGAUGGAUGCGAGGUGUUUACAAGUGGUCGGGAUGGUUGGGGGCAAAUGUUUGGAACUUACACGUACAUGUGUCUCGUUAUUAUUGUCAAUGCAAAAGCAGUGAUCGGGAGUCGCUCAAUAACUUUUAUGACCGGAGCCGCCUUUGUCGCCUCGAUUUUUUCGGUUUUUCUCUUCCUGUUCACCGACUCGCUCCUCUUUCCGUUUACAUUUCCGGUUGUGGCUCCUAACAAAGCACAUUAUUUGGGCUUAAUCUACACGUUACCGUCGUGGCAAACAGCUUUCUUCUUGCCGUUCAUUUGUGUCGUUUGUUUGCUGCCUGACAUUUUGUUUACGUCAGCACAUCGCACUCUCAAUCCCUCGUUAUUGUUACGCGUUGUACAAUCACUGAAGAAAAAAGACACCAUCGUUGAUAAGAUCAUUCUGGGACCCUUUGUACGAAUGACCAACAUAUUUGGGCUCAAAGAGGAGCUCGAAGGCGGGACAAAUGGUUUUUCGUUUGCACAAGAUGAUGGGCAGGCGAUUUCACAAUCAGCUCUUUUGCGAAUGUAUGGAGCGCCUAGUUGUAAAUCUGAGGUUCGCGUUCAACGCUCAAAUAUUGUAGCCGAGCAAGAGAGCUACCAACUAGAAGAAAUUAAUAAGCAAACUACACCUCUUCCACACGCCGAAGCAAACAUUAAUAAUAACGACAUUAGUGAUAAUCCCAAACCAGAGAUUAAGACAGAAGUGAUCAACGAGCAA